AUGCCUACCACCAACCGGCCCUUCUUCUCCAACUUCCUCGCGGCAUUCAGAGCCCACUCCGCUAUACAGAAAACCGCCAGCACCACGGUCCCAAGUGCCGCGAGCACAACAGCGUCGACAGCUUCCGCCUCAACACUAGCACCGACACCCACCUCCGCACCUGCAGCCACCACUUCCACAAACGCGCCCUCGAAUCCGCGAGCAAUAGCCACAAAAGCCGGUACGCCGAGCACCGGCGCAACGACCGUAGCCAUCCAGACGACCGGCCAGUUCCAGCCCACGCGCCAGCACUCCGCAUCACCGUACUCGCGGUCACCGGGCUCGCCAGGAUCGCCAGGCUUCAACACACCGCUAGGCGGAUCGGCAACGCGGCAACGGCGAGGUUCAGAUAGCUCGUCCGAAGGGUUCAGGGAUGCUGGGGGGCCGGAGAAGUGGUACAUUGGCGGCCGGACCGCGACGGGAGAGGAGCGGUUCUACAAAUUGGGAGUGGUGAAGAGGCCGAGGAGUAUCGAUCGGUUGAGUGUGGAUAGAUUGAGUUUGUGA